AUGACUACUCCGAAUGAUCCUUGGGCUCGAAGAGAAGCCUGGCGCAAUCAAUUUGGAUUUCGUAACAAUGCAAGGCUUUCUUGGCCAGGUCUAUCUUGGGGCAUUGGAGCUUUUAUAAUUUAUCUUGGUUAUGAAACACUUACAAAUCGUAUUCAACACAAUAAUCAUGAUAAUAACAACAACAAUAAUAAACACAACAACAACAAAGAUAUAAUUACCAUUUCUGCUGAUUCAGACAUUGAUGAUGAUUCUGCUACUGGUUUAAAUGAUGAUGAUAAGUUGACUACUAAUACAUUUUUUGUCUUUUUGAAU